CACGUCUGCAUGCUUGAGACUGUUGCUUCUCCCGAUAACAUGUGGAUCACAACGUCGUCGGUGCGUUCAAAUUAACUAGAAAUUAACUGGUAAUCGCUAAAUAAAUUGGGUACUGGGACAUCACACAGGAGAAUGACCAGUAAUAUAGAAUCAGAACUCCAGGAGCAGCUUUUGCAGAGACUGGGCAACUAUGCCGACAGUCUGUUAGAUGAAGAGGACUAUCAGAAGAGGUUAAAGAAAGCAAAGAGAAAGGGAAAAUCAGCUGUAACUUCAUGCGAAAAAUUAUCCUCAGAUCUUGAAAACUCUGAAAAAUCAAAUGGCAGAGAUAGCAGUUUGAGACAGUUAAAAAACAAAAAGAAAAAAGAAAAAAACAAAGACAUGGGAAAUAAAUCAGAGGGUAUAACAAACAGGACAGAAAAUGAUAUUUCAGAAAAGAGAAAAAUUAAAAGGAAACUGAUAGGCCAAAAGAGACACCUCUCAGACCUGAAAGAAGAACUUGGCUUAGAUGGUUCCAGUUUUAGAACGAACAAUAAUGAACAGGAAAGUAAGCUGAAUGUGUCUACCAACAGUGUAGAAAAGAACCAUAGAUCUCCUGAAGUCAUUGUAUUUGAAGAUCCUGCAAAGAGAAAGGAUAAUAUGAAGGUCAAGUCAUUAAUAUCUGGGCCUGGGCCCUCACUGUCCAGUGUGUCACAGUCAGCUGUAGGGUCCAGUGGGCUGGAGUUCAGUCUGAGGAAAGCAAGAUGGGAUGUGCUCAAAUUUGGGAUCACAGGUUUUGACAAGUCUAAGAAAGAGGAGGCCCAAGUUGCACUUGCCAUUAAACUUGGGGCUAAACCUAAGAAAAACAAGUGUGUGAAUUACAAGAGCCUUCAAGAGACAAAGAAGACAGAAAGAGAUGCCGAAGAGAAGAAGAGGGAACAGGAGCAGCAGCUUGGAGUUGCAAAGAAGCAGAAAAGAGAUGCAAAGAAAAGGAAACGUGACAGAGAUGACAUAGGUUUUGUUGAUGGUCAACUGGGAAGAUUCAGGGGUGGAGUACAGGUUCUCAAGAAAACAGACAUUGAUAGGAUCAAAGCAACGAAGGUCGCCAAAAAAAGGAAGUGAUAAAUGGGACUCUAGUCAUUUGAUCUGUUGAUCUGCUAUUGGCAAUGUAUUGCACCCCAAGGUCUUUGUUACAAUCAGAUUUAUAUGACAGUGCAGGAGUGUUGAACUUCAUAAUAUUUUUCAUCAAAACUAAGCAACAUUUUGUGAGAGACUGAUCAGCAGUAAUUUUCGGUCCAUCUUUAUGAUGGGAAAAUACAGCAAGAUUUUAAAUGAUAAGACGGAAUUUUUUUUUUUGUAAAUAAAGAAAUUCAAUUCAAAAUGCAAUUCUUCAUGUUUUUAUGCAUUUUAAAAUUCCCAUGCACAGUUAUAUGUCAUUAUAAAUUGUGCUUAAAUGGCUUCACUGGUACAUGUAGAAUGCAGUACAUCUAGGUUAUUUGGUUUGACAUUGAAUAUUAAGUUACAAUUCAAUGUUUUACGGUGAAGAAAAUUACAGUUACUUGUGUCAUGGUCAGUUUGUGGGAUUUUAGACUAAUUGUUGCUUUUGAAUU